AUGAACCUAACGGAGUUUAACCAGUCUGAUCGCUGUGAACAUUUCUCCUGUCCAGAGAGAUCUGUAUCUCCUGCAGUUUAUAUCUUACUGUACUUGUGUUCAGCUGCUGUGGUUCUUCUAACAGUGUGUGGAAAUCUGCUCAUCAUCAUCUCUGUUUUUCACUUCAAGCAGCUUCACACACCAACCAACAUGCUCGUGCUCUCUCUGGCGGUGUCAGAUUUCCUUGUCGGUGCUUUAGUGAUGCCGUCAAUGUUAAUCUGGACAAUCGAGUCAUGCUGGAUUUUUGGGAGAGGUUUCUGCACCAGUUUUUUAUUGAUUGGUGGUUUCCUCACAAGCUUAUCCAUCUAUAAUAUUGCUCUGAUCUCUGUGGAUCGGUAUUUGGCUCUCUCAAACCCCUUUCUCUACACACACACAAUCUCAAAGUGGACUAUGUGCAUUGUGGUUUUUUCUAACUGGUGUGUGUGCCUGGUGUAUAACAUAGCAUUCUGUUAUCUCAACGGAACUUUAAUGAGUUAUGUAAUGUGUCCUGGAGAGUGUUUUUAUUUUCUGAAAGAUAUUUCAUCUGUAAUUGAUCUUGUAGUAACUUUUCUAUUUCCACUCUCUGUCAUAAUCAUAUUGUAUGCUCGAGUUUUUGUGAUUGCUAAGAAACAUGCCACUGCUAUCAGAGAGCUUAAUAAUCACACACAGCCUAAAACACAGAAAAUCACCUCACACUCAAUGAAAUCUGAGAGAAAAGCAGCUAAAGUACUUGGCAUUUUAGUCUCUGUGUUUCUGAUGUGUUUACUUCCAUAUUUUAUAUACAGUUUGUUAGGUGAUAUUAUUGAACUACAGACAGAAACUUUUCAGAAAGUCUUGCUUGUGUUUUGUCUUAAUUCCACCAUUAAUCCGGUUAUUUAUGCUCUGUUUUACCCGUGGUUCAGGAGGUGCAUUAUAUUAAUUUUAACUCUGCGAAUAUUCCAAACAGACUCUGCAUUAAUAAAUGUUCUUUAA